AAUUAAUACCACUAAAACUAGCAAUAAAACAGGAUGACAAUAACACAUUUUUUACUAUUUUAUGUAAAUAUAAAUUAAGGUACAUAUAGUGAUGGAAUUCUUCUCAACAAUUAAUUACAUGUUAUCACAAUGACAAUGUAUGCAUCUUUGAUUUUCCUUCUGGUCGCGCUCGGCUUGAAUGCUGUAGAUGCCGAUUGCAAAUUCGAAUGUGUCUCUGAGAAAGAGUUUAAAUAUAAUGGCAUGACUUUUCCUUGUGGUACAAUUGGUGAAGAAUCAACCGUGUGUAAUGAAAAUUAUUGCGAUGAGGACUCCAAUGGUCUUUUCUGUGACACCAUCAAAAAUGUAUGUGAUUAUGAAUGUAUUGAGGGUGAAGGAAAUGAGAAUAAAAUAAUUGUGGGUGGCGCAGAAAAUAAGUGUCCUGACAACACCAUAUGUAACGUUAAAGGGGACUCUUGUGAAAAUAUGUGUAUAACGACAUGCACUAAUGCUGGCAAGUAUGAAUGCAUCAGUGAUACAACUUUUGUAAUAAGUGGAAUAACUUUAUCAUGUGGUGAAGGUCAAAUCUGCAAUCAAAAAUUAGAGCAAUCAUGUGAUAUCUGCAUUCCAUCAGGUACUACCAGUAAACCAACUGAACCUGCAGAACCUACUGAAGAGCCUACUGAUGAGCAUACUGAAGAGCCUAAUGAAAAGCCUACUGAAGAGCCUAAUGAAGAGCCUACUGAAGAGCUUACCGAAGAGCCAACUACUCAAAAAGAAGAGAUUCCUACAGAAAAGGAGACCAUUCCAACUACAACAGAGCUAAUAACCACUCCGACAACUCCUCCACCAGAAGUAACAACCCCAACUACUACUCCCAAAGAAGUGACCACCCCUACUACUACUGGAACCACAGCUUUCCCCAUACCUAAUUGUAAUAAUCCAUCCGGCAGUGUCAGUCCAUGCAGAUAUGGGCCAAAGGGAUAUUAUUACAAAUGUGUCAAAGUAAAUAGUAGCAGUUACGCUGCAAGGCGGAUUUCUUGUGCCGCAUGGCCCUAUGAUAAUAUCUGCAAUAGAUACAGACUCUGCUAAAAGAAACUGUACCUAAAAUGAUAAAUUGAUUAAUAACUUUGGCGUUUUGAUGGGAAUAAAUAAAUAAAUAAGAUUGCAAUUUA